AUGGUCCAGUUGUUCCUUUCUGAGCAAGAUCCAGAAAUCGAAUCGAUAAGCCAUUUUAAACAACUGAUUGGUCUUAAGGUCGAAGACCAGGUUUACGGUACCUCAUGCGGGACGAUGUUCUGUAAUGAAGCGCUCGGAGAGGAAUGUAUCGCUGGAAAAUUGUGUGGAUGCCCGAAGGGACAGAAACGAAAGGAUGCACAGAGCCCUUGUCGUGUGGCAAGUGGCAUGUUCGUGGAAUCCUUCAAUCUGCCGCUUUACGUCAUACGAGACGGUAAUAAUCCACUGAAAUAUACGCCAGGUCUUGCUAACCCGCGAGAUGACAGACAUAAGGAACUGGUGGAAAGGUUCGAAUCUGGAGUUGGUCAGAGCUACGACAAGACACCUCUCAAGAACGGAUUCGUUUCUGUCGAAGUAAAUGACAUCGAGGAGCCGUCGCUGCGAAACGCGUCUUGGAUCUCCGGUGUACUGUACAACUUCACAACUCACUUUGUUCGUGGUGCCGUCGGUGCUCCAUCGUCGGUCUUUACUGAUUUGGUCGAUUAUAUCAUCAAGAAAAACAACUAUGAAGUGAGUGACUACUUUUAUCCAAGUUAG